AUGUGCAGCACAUUAUGUGGCCACACGCACAAACGCUGCCCUCCUUGGCCUCUCCAUGCACACACAACACUUCCCCUCCUCCCCUCCCCACCCACCCCCUCCUCCCCUCCACUCACUUCACCAACCGCUGCUGCUGCUCCUGCUCUCUCUCCCAUUUGCCUCCCUCCCGCCCCUCCUCUGGACUGCCUGUCCCUGCACCUCUCCUCUUCUUCCUCCUUUGCUUCUUCCCUCGAUCUAUUUAUCAGAACGUUCCUCCGGCCGGUUGCCCGAAACCCUGAUGCAUGUGUGUGGGUGGGGCUAGAGGAGCGGUCCCAGCGCAAGGCCUUCAUCCUGGAGCAUGGUCUGCUGGACCCGAGAAGAGUGGACGGAAUGAUCCGAUCCCAAACAAACACCAGUAGCAGCAGGGGCAGGGAGCAGGACAGGGCAGAGGAGGCGGCGGAACGAGGAGGGGAAAGGGAAGGCGGGGGUGAAAGGGAGAUGGGGGGAGAGUAA